AGAGCCUUCCGCUGGAUGAUGACCAUGGUGUUUGCAGUGGAGGAAAUUAAUCGUAAUUCAAGCCUGUUACCAGGUGUUAAACUAGGCUACCGGAUCAUGGACAGCUGUGACCAUGUCCACACCAGCCUGCAAGCUCUUCUGUCUCUAGUCAGAAAUGUAACAGUGGAGAGAAUAGUUAGGAGAACACAAUCUCAAACCUUACCCUCAUGUCUGGCUGAUUCUCCUGUGCCCGCUGUGAUUGGCCUUGCAUCCUCUUCCCCUACAAGAGCUAUAGCUCACACUCUUGGCCCUUUCAGCCUCCCGCUGGUGAGUUAUUUUGCCACUUGUGCCUGCCUUACUGACAAGCAUAUGUACCAGUCAUUCUUGCGGACUGUGCCGAGUGAUCUCUUUCAAGUUAGAGGUCUUGUUCAGCUGGUCACUUUCUUAGGCUGGUUCUGGGUGGGCACAAUAGGGACCACGGAUGACUACAGUCACUAUGGCAUCCAAGCGUUUUCCAAUCAGUUUAGACAACAAGGUGGAUGUCUGGCAUUUCAUCUGACUAUCCCAAAAUCACCCACAGCGACUGAGAUACAAGAAAUGGCAGACAAGCUGCAGAGUUCAACCGCACAGGUGGUGGUGGUCUUUGCCACGGAGGGACAGCUGCUGGAUCUGCUCUUAGAGGGCACACUGGGCUUCUCCUUCCCUGGGGUCGGGAUCCCCGGCUUGAAAGAGUUCCUGUUGAAUGUCCGCCCCUCUCCCAAACCUGGGAUGGCAUUUGUCAACAUGUUUUGGGAAGAGCUUUUUGGCUGCAGGCUAGAGUUUAGAGGAGGCCGAGCCAAAGAAAAUGAAGCAGAUGCCCCUGUAUGCACUGGUUCAGAGGAUCUCAAGUACACUGACAGCAGUUUUACAGAUGUAUCUCAGGUCAGAAUAUCCUAUAACGUGUAUAAAGCUGUAUACGCCAUCGCCCACGCUCUGCACACUUUAUUGAACUGUGAUUCUGCAGUACAUAACAAGGGAAUGUGUGACAAUAAUAAAUCAUUUACUUCUAGAGAGUUGCUGCAUCAUCUGAAGACAGUGAAUUUCACCAACCAGUUUGAGGAGAAGGUAUAUUUUGACUCCAACGGAGAGCCGGUCCCUCUCUAUGACAUCAUUAACUGGCAGAAGGACAGCAGUGGUGAAAUUAGAUUUAUCAAAGUGGGAAGCUAUGAUGGUUCGGCUCCAUUGAGAGAACAGUUGCAGAUAAAGCAGAGCACCAUUGUGUGGACAAAAGGACAGUCACAGGUGCCUGUGUCUCAGUGCAGCGUUCCAUGCCCCCCUGGCAGCAGGUCGGCCAGACGUCCAGGAGAGCCCCACUGCUGCUUUGACUGUUUGCCCUGUGCAGAUGGAGAGAUCAGCAACCAGACUGGUUCCACUGAGUGCACAAAAUGUGCUGAAUACUACUGGCCAGACAAAGACCAGGUGAAAUGCGUGGCCGGAGUGGAAGAAUUUCUGUCUUUCCACGACACCAUGGGCAUCAUCCUGGUCGCACUCACACUGUUGGGUGUCGUCCUGACAACCAUCGUCACUGUCGUCUUUCAAAGUUUCCGUUCCACGCCCAUCGUCAAGGCCAACAACUCUGAAAUAAGUUUCUUGCUUCUCCUUUCACUCAAGCUCUGCUUCUUGUGCUCCCUGGUGUUCAUCGGCCAGCCGUCUUUGUGGACAUGUCGGCUCCGCCAGGCAGCAUUUGGGAUCAGCUUUGUCCUCUGUCUGUCCUGCCUCCUCGUUAAGACCAUUGUGGUUCUCUUGGCAUUCCGGGCUAAUGUACCUGGUUCGAGGGCUCUGAAGCGGUUUGGUCCCCCUCAGCAGAGGACUCUAAUCCUCUGUACUACAGCUCCUCAGCUUUGUCUUUGUGCUGGUUGGCUGUUGGGCGCACCUCCAUUACCAUUCAAGAACACAAACUACCAAGCCUCAACUGGAAAAAUUGUCGUGGAGUGUACGGAGACAUGGCCUCUUGGAUUUUAUCUGGUCCUGGGCUACAUUGGUCUACUGGCCUUCAUUUGCCUCCUCCUGGCGUUCCUUGGACGCAAGCUACCCGAUACCUUCAACGAGGCAAAGCUCAUCACCUUCAGCAUGCUGAUAUUCUGGGCGGUGUGGAUCUCAUUCAUCCCAGCUUAUGUCAGCUCUCCUGGGAAGUUCACUGUGGCUGUGGAAGUAUUUGCUAUAUUAGCCUCCAGUUUUGGACUGUUACUAUGUAUUUUUCUGCCCAAAUGUUACAUAAUUUUAUUGCGGCCUCAGAGAAACAUUAAGAAAGGCAUGACUGGAAAAUAUCUCACAUGAACUUAACAUUUAUGUAG